UCAAUCUCUCUCUCUCUUUCUCUCUUUCUAUCUCUCUCUCUCUCUCUCUCUCAAAAAAAGAAAAGAAAAGAAAAGAAAAGAAAAAACUAAACAAUGGAGGCUACAACAAAUCAUGAAGCUUUUUUGUUAUCUCAACGCUGCGUUUGGGUUAACGGUCCUGUCAUCGUCGGUGCUGGACCGGCCGGGCUCGCAACGGCUGCUUGUUUAAGAGAACAAGGUGUUCCAUUUAUUGUCAUUGAAAGAGCUGAUUGUAUUGCUUCUUUAUGGCAAAAACGAACUUACGAUAGGCUAAAACUUCAUCUCCCUAAACAAUUUUGCCAACUUCCUCGUCUUCCAUUCCCUCAAGAAUUCCCUGAAUACCCUUCCAAGAAACAAUUCAUUCAAUACCUUCAAUCCUACACUCAAAAAUUCGACAUCAAUCCACAGUUUAACGAAACCGUUCAUUCCGCUCGCUUCGAUCACACCAGCGCUCUAUGGCGCUUGAAAACCGAGUCUUCCGUUUCUGGUCAGGUGGUUGAGUAUGUUUGUCAAUGGCUUGUGGUAGCUACAGGUGAAAAUGCAGAGUGUGUCAUGCCGGAAAUUGAUGGUCUUAAUGAAUUCGCCGGUGAGGUUUUACAUGUUUCCGAUUAUAAAUCCGGCGAGAGGUUUAAAGGGAAGAAUGUUCUUGUUGUGGGAUGUGGGAAUUCUGGAAUGGAGGUUUCUCUUGACCUUUGUAAUCAUCAAGCUUCACCUUCAAUGGUUGUUCGCAGCUCGGUACACGUUUUGCCGCGGGAAAUUAUGGGGAAAUCAACGUUUGAAUUGGCGGUAUUGCUGAUGAAAUGGCUACCAAUUUGGAUUGUGGAUAAAUUGAUGUUGAUUUUGUCUUGGUUAGUACUUGGGAGCAUUGAGAAAUAUGGGUUAAAAAGACCAUUAAUGGGGCCAUUGGAGUUGAAGAACACAACAGGGAAAACCCCUGUUUUGGACAUUGGAGCAUUGAGUAAAAUCAAAUCAGGAGAAAUUAAGGUUGUUCCAGGAAUUAAAAAGUUGAAUAAACAUGAAGUUGAGUUCAUCAAUGGUGAAAAAAUGGGAAUUGAUUCAGUUCUUUUGGCUACUGGAUAUAGAAGCAAUGUACCAUUUUGGCUUGAGGAAAAGGAAUUUUUUGGUAAAAAUGGUUUCCCAAAAACCCCAUUUCCAAAUGGAUGGAAAGGCAAAUCAGGGCUAUAUGCAGUUGGAUUUACAAGGAGAGGGCUUUCAGGAGUAACUUCAGAUGCCAUUAAAAUUGCACAAGAUAUUGGAAAUGUUUGGAGACAGGAAACAAAGCAAAAGAAAAAACCAAUUGCUUGUUUAAGAAGAUGCAUUUCACAUUUCUGAACCCCCCCAAAAAAAAAAUCCAUAAUCAUUCAUUCUUUUGAUGUAAAUUUUAAUGGCACUGUAAAAAAAAAAAUUAACAAAAAUGGGUUAUAGAUAGUUAAAAAAAAAAAAAAGGAAGUCAUCUCCAAAGAAGGAUGGAAGCCCAAGUUUUGAGUUUGUGUUUCUUUGGGCAUUUUUGAGGUUAAUUCAAAAGAGGGGAAAUAUAUAUAUAUAUAUUAUGAUUAAUUAUUAAUAUAUACUUUUUCCUCUUUUUGUAACUAAUUUCAUUUCAUUGAUCUAAUCAAAAGGCCACAGAUUCAUCUUUGUAUUUUA